AUGCCGCCCAAAACACCCAGACAGAGCGGCGCCUCACUUCCAGGAGUCACCACGCCCAACUUGCCCACUUAUUCGUUUGGGGAUAUCGUCUUGGCUAAAGUCAAAGGACACCCGGCAUGGCCCGCUCGCAUCGUCGACCCUUAUGCGUCACCUUUGAACUUGAGAGAUGAACGGAAGAUUGCUCAAAAAAACUCUUACCUCGUCAAAUUCUUCAAAACUGCUGACUAUGCCUGGAUGAACGCCAAGGAGAUGAGUAUCCUGGAGCGCACUGAGAUUCAGGCCUUCAUUAAUAAUCCCAACAAAAAAGGUGCCGAUCUCAAGGCAGCCUACCAGAUUGCGCUGGCACCAGAAGCCUGGGAAGCUGAUCUCGAAGCGCGCCUUGUCGCUGCUGAGGAGGAUUACAACGCCCUAGAAAUCGAUGAACUAGAGCCCGUUGACGCCGAAGGUACUGAAAAGGCUGUUUCAGCCAAAUCAAAACAAAAGCGGAAGCGACCUUCCGAAACCAAAACGCCAGCUGUUUCUACCAAGAAACGGAAGUCAGUCGAUGCUCGGCCCACCAAUGUCCCUGCUCAAGCUAGUGCUACCCCAGAGUCACCUCCAGCUGCUCCAGCGAUUAAGAAGCGAGGAAAGAAGAAAGAGGAGCCAGCAGCACCUGUUGAUGGGGAGGCUGUCGUUAGGGAAUGGCGUCAUCGACUACAACGGUUGUUCCUAGGCAAAGCUGCACUUAACGAAAAGAUGAUGCCCGAGAUUGAUGGUGUUUUCACUGACAUCGAACAGUUUGAGAUGCAAACUGAAUGGCUCACUUCGAGCAAGCUGGCCAAAGUCCUGAAACGAGUUGGGGUCCUGGAGGACUCGAAGGUUCCAUUGGACGCUAAAUACAGCAUCAGAGCAAGAGCACGUGCUCUUCAGGAGAAAUGGAGAAACCAACUUGGAUUAGGUGACGAGUCCACUCAUCGCUCGAAGGCCGCUGAUGGCACCGAUGAAGCCAAGGCCAACGCUUCAGCCGAUGACGGUAACGGCAAGGAGAACACAGAUCCGACUGGUACGAAGAAAAUGGAGGAAGUGGUGAUGAAUGGCAAGGAACCCACGAAGCCAUCCGAUCCUGACAGUAUGAAAAUGGAUGAAGAUGAACCAAUGCCCGUCAAGGUUGCCGAAAUCGAUCAGACUGAAAAAGUUGUCGAGGCUGCCCCAUCCAAAGCAGCCGAAAUCACCGAGCCUCAAACUGAAGCCCCAGAAGCCUCUCCACCGGCCGAACCAAAGGCUGAACCUCAAGCCAAUGGCGAUCACGAAGCUGUCAACGGUGAGCCCGAGGCAAUGGACACUGAGCCCGUCGCUGACAACGGCAAGCCCGAAGCCGCCAACGACGACACCGAAGCUGUCAACGAUGCACCUGAGGCAAAAAAGGCUGAGCCCGAAGCAGUCAAUGGCAAAUCCGAAUUGGUCAACGGUAAAACCGAAUCAGUCAACGGAAAAUCUGAAUCAGUCAACGGCAAACCCGAAUCAGUCAACGGCAAACCCGAAUCAGUCACCGGCGAAUCCGAGGCCAUCAACGCCGAACCCAAAGCCAUCAACGGUGAAACUGAAGGCAUCAACGGUAAAACCGAAGCUACCAGCGAUGAACCCAAAGUAGUCAAUGGCGAUCACGAGACACUCAAAGAGGAUGAAGCCACUGAGCCGGCAGCCAAACCCGAUCAAGAUGUCGAGAUGGCCACGGCAGAUGCUGAACCGAAAAUCACCGAAAAAGCUCCUGCCCAAGAGCCCGAGGAUGAGGGCGAGCAGAUGGAUUGUGCCGAUACUCCCGAACCGACAACUGCUGAAAAAACCAACGCGGACAAAGAUGAAGCGGAGUAG